AUGAAUUCUGAUGAGUUCAAAGAAUAUGCUUUAACUGCUUGUUAUUCCACAGAUAAUGAACAGAGGAGUCAAGCAGAGGCCCAAUUUAACCAAAUAUUCCAAAAUUUUCCACAAGAAUCUAUAGUUGAAUUACUAAAUCUCAUUCAGAGUUCAAACGAACGACUAAAGAAUACAGGAGCAGUUCUUUUACAUAGAAUGAUACUUAAUUACCAAGCAUUAAAUGAAAUAGUCACUCAAGAUUUCUUUGAUAACACAGUUUCUUCAGUUUUAUUUCCAAUUUACCUUUCUGGCAAUAUCGAUCAAAUAACUCGAGAUAACAUUGCAGAUAUUGCUGUUGAAUGUACCAGCAAAUACAAAUUAGAACCAAAAUGCGUUGAACUUUUUAUUCAAGGCACAGAAUCACCAAACAACGACGUACAAUGCAUGUCUAUCAAGUAUCUAACGACAUGCUGCUCAUACAAGUUCAUUCAUCCCCAAGAAUGCGAAGAAUUUUUUAAUAAUUUAAUUGAUACUACAAUAAGCAACCAGAACACCACACAAGACACUCACGUCAAACUUACCAACCUAAUAUUUGUUAUUUCAAACGAUAUCGACAUGGAAUCAAGAAAUAAUUAUAUUUUCGAAUUACUUUCUUAUUUAGAUGAAAACAGCCUCGUACAGCUAUUAUCAGUAAUGAAAUCUACACUUACGACAACAUUCAAGAUGAUGAGAUCAAGAAUUAUCGAUUAUUUACAGUAUUUUUGUGAUUUAGUCAAAAGUAACACGAAAUCAGAAAAAGUUGUUAAAUUUACCUUGUUGUUACUUUCAGACAUUGUUCAUUUAUAUGGUGCUGAUUUAUUACACACGUUUAAGAGCUUGUUGGAAGAAUUUUUAGUACCUUAUUGUUACGAAGUUGUCAAUGAAUAUGAUCCAUGUCUUUCUGAAAAUGAAGAUGAUUCAUUGUUUGAUUAUGCAGCAACAGUUAUUAAUGAAAUCAUUAAUUUUCAUGUUAUUGAAAUCAUCACUAAUUUCGGGGAUUUCCUUUUCAAUCAGAACAAACAAGAUUUUUCUGAUAUGAAUUAUGUUAAAACAGCAUUGACAAUUUGUCUUUUCACAGCAAAUGCGUUUUCAGGAUAUUAUCAAAUUCUUGAUAUCAUUUUAGAAAAUGAAUUACUUGUAAUUUCAUUAAUGAGUGAAGAUGCAAGUCUUCGACUCAUUGCAGCUAAAGUAUUUUGGUCAUUGAUUGAUUCAGACAAAUCUCUUUAUUUCGAUGAAGUUAAAACGAAAGAAUUUGUUUAUUUUGUUUUAGAACGAAUUCAAAAUGAAACAGAAUAUUUAAUAAUCUUCAGUUUAUUGAAUGGAAUCCAAAUUUAUGAUAAUGAUAAUUCACAAUUUUUGGAAGAAACAUUUGACCAACAACUCGAAUUGCGUCAAAAACUCAAUGAACAUAUCAAAGCAGUUAUUGAUGAUAGUGAUUAUCAAUAUAUGAGUAAUCAAUUAUUAUCAGUUUUGAUUCGUUUAUAUACUACAUUUAUUAAAUUUGAUUUUGUUAAAAUGUCAUCAUUUGUUGAAGAAAUCUUCCAAACAUGUCUUCAAUUAAUUGUCGAUGACAGUUACACAAGUGAUGUUAUUUCUAAUUCAUUUUACUGUUUGAUGGAAAUCAUCAUGAAAGUUGAUAAUGAUUCAUUUGUUGACACAUUCAUUGAUACGUUUUCACAUAUUGAUAUUUCUAAUAUUAGUUUUGAUUUAUGGACAACAAUCAAUGAUUGUUUUGUUCGAAUUUCAAAGAAGCACAAAGAAAAAAUCCAGAAUUUGAUUUUAAUUCUUCUUAAUCGAAAUUGCGAAUUCUUGAAACAACCAUUUUAUACACAAAACUUCGCAGAAACAACACCAAUUGAUGAACUCCAGAGUUUCACUCUUUAUUUGAAUCCUCAAUCAAGAACUUUUAUUGCUUUGAAGUCAGAUGAUUUCGAGAAUAUUUUGAACUGUUUUGAUAUCUUUCUUAAGAAUUUCCGAUAUAAUUUAAUUCCAGAAGAAAUAUAUCAAAACAUUGUUGAAUCUGUUUUUUCUAUUAAUUAUCUUUUCUUUUUCCCAGCUAUUUCAUCAUAUGCAUCAACAAUUAUUGGCUGUGUUUUGCAGAAUAUCAAAGAACCAGAACCAUGUUUAGUUCUUUUCAAUCGACAGAUGGAUUCAUUUCCACGUAGUUAUUCAGAAAAUUUCCAAAUGGCAUUACAUCAAUUUUUGAUUUCGUGCCAAUACUUGUCUAAUCUUUUAACAUUUGAUGAAUCAUUUGUUAACAAAAUGAACACAAUCUCAUAUUUUUCAUCAUUUUUCACGUAUAGCAUGUACAAUAAUAGUUAUUACAGCUCGAAGAUACUUAGUUCAGAGCAAGACAAUGAAAUCAACAAUAUUGAUGGUUUAUUGAAAAAUCUGAAUGAAAUAGAAUUACUUUUAUAUAAGAUUGACAAAGACAAAUGGAUUCAAAAGUUCAAUCAAGGUGAAUUGUAUAAUUUCAACACUUCACAGUGCAUUAAUCCUGUAACAUUGCUCGCAUGGUCCAUCUUUGUUUUGAACACGAAUGAAAACAGUGACAUCUUUUUCGAAAAACUUGAUAUUUUCAUGAAAGAUAGUUCUAUUUCAUAUUUUGUUUAUACACUCAUUCGAAAUCUUUUGUUGAAUGACGAAACUCCAUUUUAUUUAAAUAUCCUCGAAUUCUUCAAUGAAAAUCGAGAACGACUUACUAAUGAAGGUCGCACAUUAUUAGUCCAUAUUAUUCAGAUGCAGAUUAACAAGAACAAUCUCAUUCCAGAAUUCGUUCAAUUCUUCAAAGACUCAGUUCUUUCAAUGAUUGGAGACCAUGAUUACGAGAGCAAGAAACCAAGCGAUAACUUGUCACUUGUUUAUGCAUUCUAUUUGUUCAUUGAAGACUCACCACCAUUAGAAAUUGUUCAAUUCAUCUUUGAAUACUCGAAACAAUUAGUUCACGACAACAGCGAACCUUCAAACAAACUUAGAGAACAAAUUCAAAAAUUUGUUAAAUAA